AUGGUCCUCCUUGACGAACGCUUCUUCCCGCACAUUCUCGACGCGGUCUUCGACAACCUCGACUUCUCAGGCUACAUCGUCGCUGCCCAAGUUUCGAAAGCGUGGAGGGAGAAGGCGAGCAAGGUCCUGCAGCGCCACGUCGAGGUUGAGCCAACGCCCAGUGGGUUGCUGUUGACGCCCAAGAUCAUUAAACGGCCCGAGGUGUCGCUUCCGCGCUACUUUCUCUCGCAUUCUCUCAUCGACUCGCUCGUGGUCAAGGGUCCGAGGUGGCACGCUGCAUCCCUGUACCGGCAGUUGCUGGACAACAUCGACAUCCUCGACGUCGACGACGGACAUCUGUAUAACGACCAAACCUCGCGCCUCACCCUCUACGCAAGGGAGAGUGCGCACUCCCUGGCUCUGAUGAUGACGAUGCUGCGCUUGUCCACUGUGAGGCGUAUCCUGACCCAGACGCUGGGCCACCCUUGCGACCACAUCUUCCAGAACGUCGACACCCAAGUCUACUUCGACAUCACGUCGCGCCCCUACCCGAAGAUCGACGUGGGACACGUCAUGCGCCUCGUUCUGAACAUUGAUUACUUUCCCACCUCGACACCCUGGGAUCUCCACGACAGAUUCGGCAUGGACCGUUGGAUCACAUCCCCCUCCCAAUGCCAGGGCAAGGAGCUCGUCGUCGUCAUGCACAACCUGGGCAAUCGGGUUGACAUCGACGAGAAGACACUAGCCCGCCGUGCGCGCUUCGUAGCGCGGUACUUCCAUUAUUUCUGGGUGUGGUUCCCCGUCACGCUCGUCGGUAUCGAUGUCUUCUUCCCCACCCAGAGAGUGUAUGAGGUGUUUCGUGACCGUCUGAUCGAGUGGGCUGCCGACGCUGCGACGGCGCGAUGGUAUCAGCCUCGCGCGAGUUCCGAUGAUAUGAAGGACAUGUACUUGCGCUUCAGCGUCCUCACUCACAAGGAGUACAGGGAGCGCGUGGGGCGUGAAGUUUACCAGCUGCAUGCUGUACCGUAG